CGAGAACCCAUUGGACGUGACUUACAUAUCGAAGGUCCUAUCAUGUUGAGGCCAAGGGCACUGGCCUCAGCUCUGGCGAAGGUCAAUACAGGUGGCGUACAGUCAAUUAUGCUCUUCAGCACUGAGGGCGUCCUCCUCACACAUACCGGCGUCAUUGAUGAGAAUGAGAAGACAAAGGCAGCCAUUGUUGCGAACAUUUGGAACAUUUACCAGAAACAACUAGAACUGAGCGAAUGCGAGACAGUGCAAGAAAUAAUCAUCGAGCUGACUCGUGGAAGACUGGUUUUUACCAAGGUCGCAUCCAUUUUGAUCUGCAUUCACGGCUCCAAGGAUAUUGGCCUGGGCUUGCUGAGGACGAAGAUUAACUCUCUGGUCGAGAACCUCCAGGGCCCACUGUCUUUUCUCACUUCUUAG